AUGCCAGUCAUAAGUCAUAGAGCCGCAACGAUCUUGGGAGGCCACGGAUGGAGGCUGGCCAUCAGCUUGCUCUUGGAGAUUUCACAGAGGCACCUGCGACCCAAUGCAGCUUCAUUGACUGCUGCAGCUGGUGCCUGUGUGUCGUCCCAAUCCUGGUCCAGUGCCGUUCAGCUGUUAAGGCACGAGCGCGGCACAGUGGCUCGGGCUGUGUUGCUACAAAGCUGCGAGGUCUCCUGUGCCUGGGCUCUGGUUCUGCCGCUGCUGGCUGCGGCGCAGGCUUCGGCUGUGGCCGCCACUACGGCCAUGGCUGCGUUGCCCUGGGCACCUGCCCUCGCGGCGUUCCGAAACCUGCAGCGCGAGCAGAUCACAGCUGGGGCAUUGAUGUACACCGCGCUGGCGUCUUCGAGCCCCGCUCGCUGGGCAUACCUGCUUCUCCAGGAGAUGCGGAGUCGAGUGCUGGAGCCCAACUUGGUCGUUCUGGCAGCGGCUGCCGCGAGUCCUUCAGGCUCAGCUGAAGGACAAGACCUGUGCGAACUAUUGCCUCGGCUCCAGAGCUCUGCCGCGCAGCAUCUCGGGGAUGCCGAGAUUCAGGAGGUUGCACGGCGGCUACACUUGGUGCACUACCUCCCGGGCGACGCAAUCAUCCGCCAGGGUGAGGAAGAGGCCUCUGACUUCUUCAUCGUCGAUCAGGGCCACUGUUCGGCACACGUGCAGGAUGCCGAGGGCAUGCGGGUGGUCCGCGAAUACAGCCCAGGCGAAGGGUUCGGCGAACGAGCGCUGCUCCGCGACGAGCCACGUGCUGCGACGGUUCUUGCCGACGAAGAGGCAGCUGUCUUCCGGCUAAACCGUGACGACUUCGUGGCCGUGAUUCGCGACCGAGACCACAAAGAAGAGCUCAUUCGGGGAGCCAAGCUGUUUGAGACCAUGACGGACGAGCAGGUGCGUCAGCUGGGCUCUUUGCUCAAGAUGAAGACCUUCAAGGCCGGCACUGACAUCAUCAAGCAGGGCGACCCCGGUGCGGAGUUCUUCAUCCUGGAUUCGGGCGAGUGCGUGGCUGUGGUUACAUCUGGAAAGAGCAGCCAGGAGGUGAUGCGCUACAGCGCAGGGGACCUCUUCGGCGAAAAGGCGCUUUUGGAGUCCGCCCCACGCGGAGCAACGAUCUCCGCAGAGACGGACGUGGUGACAUAUACGCUGACGAGGGAAGACUUCGAGGCAGAGAUGGGGCCAAUGAGCCAACUCAAGGCGGAGUCCUACCUCGCAGAUCCCAGGAAACUCCUGGCCGACUUCUACCUUAGAGGCGACACGCGUGGGCCCGGCGGCACCCUGAAACGAAAGGGGCUGCAACCCAACGGCGUGAAGUCGCAACAGUCGACAUGGUUCGUAGUCUACCGGCCCUGCAGCCGCGACAGCAUUGCGAAAAUGCUAGGAAAGGUGGGAGUGGGGAAAGGCCUCAACGUGAAGGGCAAGUCCGCGAAGAAGAAUCGGCUGUCUGCCUUUGUGCCGUUCUUGCAAAUCAGCAAGAACGAGCACAAGACACAGGUCGAGGUUUCUCCCGCCGAUGCCCGGACCAAGAUCUUCUACAAGACCGCCGCCAACCGGGACUUUGCACAUCAGGCGCUCCAGAAGGUUCUGAAGGAGCAUUCCCUGAAGAUCAAAGUCCCAGAGAUCAAGCUCAUCAGCAAGUACGAGCCGGUUUCCUUCGGCUUGGAUGUGCCAGAGCCUCUCGUUCGGGAGGUCUACAUCAUGAGGCCGGACAUCUCCCCGAUUCUGGGCUGGGAGACGGGGAGAGACUCCGAGCCGGCCUUCAUGGACAUGAAUCUUCACGCUGUUCGCGAUGAGAAGACGGCUCCGCAGGUGGUCUUGUACCAGUUCGAUUCCUCAGACCCGAUGAAUCCUUUGGGACUCCUCAUCGCCUAUGCUGAGAGCUCGGUGAAGCCCGUAGUCUCCGACUUCGACACCUUCACCGUGGGUAGCAAGGGCUUCCGGUACGCGGGAUUUCCCGAGAAGCAGAUAGAGCUGAUCCACUGGUCGCUCAAGCACACCAAGCGGCUGCUUGAAGCUCCCGACCACAAAGGAUGGACGUCCCGGUGGCUCGAGGUGUUGAAACAAGAAGCGAAUCAGGGCUUCCACCCCAACGUGCCCAAGUUCGGCUUCGGCGACGAUGUCUCCUGUAGUCUUGUGGAGGACGUCGUGCACGAAACGGAGGCCUGUGGAGCCGUGCGUCAUGGUGCGGAGUGCUUCAAUUUCUAUUUCCCACAGGAGCUGGACCAGGAGUUUUUGAUCGUUUGGGACGGCUUCAAAGAUCCACCGUGGAGGAACGUCAGCGAACUCGAGCUCCGGGACUUCCUGAAGAAGCGGGUCGACGACGGCUACACCUUCCCCUUCAACCCGGUCUGGCCGAUACGGGAUUCAGGCUGGUAUGAAGUUGUACAGAAGCUGAGGGCCACCAGCGAGGGCAAAGCCACCUUGGAAAGCUGGUAUCCCGCCAAGACAGGCAUUCUCGACGAAAUCGACAGAAUACGUGCGCAGCACCCCGAUGGCUUCCAGAAGCGCGAGCUGUUGCAGCACAAAAAGUCCUUCGCUGCUAACAUGCAGGACGUGGUUGGCUGUGAGCUGGCGGACCUCGCAGAUCACGAGGUGCGCAAUGUUGUGAAAGCACGAUGGAACCGGAUUCGCACGGCCAUGCGGAUGUAUGCGAAGAUGCAAAUCAGCAUGCGGGAUUCCUCCAAGUGA